AUGCCACGUUCCUUUCUGGUGAAGAAAGUAAAACCCGCUGACUAUGUCGCCCGUUGGGGGUACAGAGAGCCCUCUAGUCCAUCAGAAGGUACAACAGCCCCCGUCACACCACCUGCCUCCCCCGAUCCGUGUCAUCCGUACAUUGCUAGUAGUUAUAUUCACGAUGUUAUCUCACCAUCUUCUUUGUUGUCUCCCUACGAGAGGUUCUCCUUCGACACGGCAACCCAGAGUGAUAUUUUUGAUAAAGAACUGGAUUUGAGCCGCCAUCGAGGUCGAGACAUCAGUGACACAUCUUCCCUCUGCAGUCGGGUCUCCGAAAGCAGUCUCAGUCCACGUCUCCUCGAUUCCUCACCCAUUCCAUCCUCAGCAAGAGUGAGUGAAGCCCAGCAGUUCCACGUGUUCUCCAACGGCGUCACUGUCAGUUACACCUACGAUGCUUUCUUUGUGUCAGACGGACGAUCGAGACGAAGAAACGCAGCUUCGGGUCUCCUGACGGCAGAGCCACGAGGAGACAGGCCCAGAUACACGUGUGGUGAAUGCGGCAAACACUAUGCCACAUCUUCCAACCUGUCGCGGCACAAGCAGACUCACCGUAGUCCGGAUUCACAGCAGGCCAAGAAGUGCGAAACAUGCGGCAAGGUGUAUGUCAGCAUGCCUGCCCUGGCCAUGCAUGUCCUCACGCACAAUCUGAGCCACAAGUGUGCCGUCUGCGGGAAGGCCUUCUCCAGGCCCUGGCUGCUACAAGGCCACAUGAGAUCCCACACGGGUGAAAAACCUUUCGGUUGCGCUCAUUGCGGCAAGGCGUUUGCAGACAGAUCUAACCUGAGGGCCCACAUGCAGACCCACUCGGCUUUCAAGCACUACGCAUGCGCACGAUGCAAUAAAUCCUUCGCCCUGAAGUCUUAUCUCAAUAAGCAUUACGAAUCGUCCUGCCUCAAAGAUCCCGUACUUGGCUCCAUGUCAGCUUUAGGUCCAAAUUCACCACCCAUUACUCCCGAUUCACGGUUACUAUUAAGGACCUAACUAUUUAACACGUGUCCAUACCGUUCUUUGCAAUAAUAUUGAAGUGAUGGAACUGAGGAAGAUACAUUGCUCCGUACAGUUAUUGGAACAACUACUCCGUACAAAUCAUUUGAAAUGUAACCUUUUUUUGAACAAUAUUGGUCUGACUGUUUUUAUUUUUUUUCUAUGUGUGUUAUAAAUGAAUAUAUGUUGCGGCGAAGCUUAUUUUAAACGAAUGCUUUUCGUUUCACCCUGGAAAACGGCAGAAUUGACCUGUUUUCUUGUUCGUAUCGAACAGGAAGCUGGUUCUUACCGAGUUGGGAUUAUUUCUUACAACAAUAUAUUUUAAUUACGUAAAAUAUUAAAGGACAUUGCUACGCGUAAGCGAAAAACUAUGCUUUAUAUGAUAUUAUGGAUUCUUGGCAAGAUAUAUAGAGAGUGUUCCUUAACUACCCCUCAUAGUAUAAACUUUUAAUCUUUAUCAAUUAUAAAAUCGAAAAGUAUGCACAUCGGGGUAAAAACUAAAAAUAACUAAGUGAGAAAAGAACAAAAACGUUUGUAAAAACCACACAACAAUAAUUAAGGUGGGUAAAUGCGAAUGAAAGGUUAGAAAUAUCAAAAACCAGAUUGAUUAAUCAAAAUCUUUUUGCUUUAUUCCGUCUUUAAGAUUCUGUCAGAAAUAAACGGGAAGACCGCAAAUGUAAUCAAGACAGAAUUCGAAAACGCUUUUGUUUACUCUCACUUGAAUAUUUUCCAAAACCUAUAACGUGCAAAGUUAACAACUUUACACCCUGUAUAAAGCGAUGAGCUAACUAAAACUAAAAUAUUUAUGACGAAAAUAUGCUUUUGUACAAUCAGACUUCAAGUGCAACCUAAGAGAUAAGUGGAUAAAGGUUCUAAGUGACAAUAGAGAUUUCUAGGUUCAACGUUAAUCUCGUUUACUUAGGUUACGUUAAUUUAGUUUGAUUAAUCCUUAAAUUUUUCAUACCUGGUGGAUGAAGUUACUAAGCAACAGUUUCUGCCGAGGAAUAAUAUGCCAUUUAUAUAACUGAUGUUAAUGUGUAACACCUAUUCUAUUUAAUUACAUAUUCUCUCUCACACCCUCUAUGCUAAUUCUAAAAAUGGCAUAAAACGACAAAAUUAGGAAAAGCCACAGUUUCGUAAACAAAAAAAUCGUCUGUGAUCUAAAUUGUGAUUACUUGUAGUAGCGUUAUUACAACACUACAUUAUCUGGGUUCAUAAAAAAUUGCAAACAAUUAGGAAUUAUUCAGUGAUAUCAAUGAUUUCGGUCUAGAUGGAAAUAUCUCGCCAAAUUGGCAGUUUUUUUAAAGCUUAAUAACAGUAGAAUUAUUUAAGUAAUUUAUUGGUUCUAAUACAGCAAUAAUGCUUUACUACAAGAUCGUGUGUAUAUAUAUAUGCACCCGCCAAGCAGCUGAUAGGUAGUCUGAGGUAUCUGGUACCAAGCGCUCACCAUCUGGUCCUGCAAUUCCCUCACAU